UGCCUGUUUCAGCAAAAUAGUCAAUAUCCAGAUGUCACAUGCUAUCAUAACUCAAUUCUCGUCACUAAGGUUGUCAUUAGGCCUUUACAGUUUCCAAAAAUGUUCUUCAGUUGUUUAGGUAGAUGUGUACUGUGCUUUUGCUGUCAACAAUUUGGUUUGAUUUUUAAGGUGGUGAUCAUAAAGAUAGGCAAUUAUAGGCAAACAUACAUGUAAAAAAUUUUUAAAUGUAUGAGGUGUUCUAAUAUUUAAUAUGUCACAUUAACCCAGUAGCCCAACACCUCGAACUACCCUGGAAAACCUAACCGACCUAAUUGUCUCAUCGAAUUAUCGGUGUAAUUACUAUAUACACUUUUUGUGGAUAAAUAUGUAGGCCUUGGAGAAAUAUUUGCUGGGGAAUUUGAAAAUACAAUAGCUGCUGCCAUUCCUAACCAAAACACACGGCGGCGCUAAUAAAACUGUUUUAACUCUGGUGGAACUGCACGCGAAGAAGAGUGAAAAUAAAAAAGAAUGACUUUUUUGAAGAGGAGUGUUUGGACACUGUAUUGGAAAGGUAUAGUGGCAAAGUUGAGUUUGGACUCGAGGGUGGCCUUACAACUUUCACCCGGGCCAUGCCGUUAUUUUGACGAGCCUGUUGACGUGAAGGUCACGGGACUUCCCCCUGAACAAUAUGUUGAGGUGCGAUCCAAACUUAUAGACAGUAGAAACGUUUCCUUCGAGGCCUUGGCCACUUUUUGUUCUGACAAAAAUGGACAUAUUGACUUGGCGAGAUGUCCUUCGUUGGGUGGCAGCUACAGUGGAAUUGAGGCGAUGGGACUGUUUACUUCGAUGAGACCAUUGGUUCCACACAGUAGGCUAACCAAGAGGGAUGUGUCGACGCCGCUGUCAGUUGACAUAGAGGUGACGUGCAAUGGACUGGUCGUUGCCAAAGACACCGUCCAGAGGCGAUUUCUGGGAGAUGGUGUGCAGAAAGUUCCCUUGGAAGGUGGCAGUAUAAGGGGUUCACUGUUUCUGCCACCUGGACCUGGUCCCUCCCCUGCCAUUCUGGAUGUGCCUCACUAUGGUGGUGCUUUGACAGAACUACGAGCAAGCUUGCUAGCCAAUAAAGGUUAUGUUGUCAUGGCUUUGGCAUAUCGUGGUUAUCAGGAUUUGCCUAAAGUCAUGGAUAAACUUGACCUGGAGUACUUUGAGGAAGCUGUGACAUUCUUGCGGGCUCACCCCAAGGUAAAGGGACCAGGCAUAGGGAUCCUCUCCAUCUCCAAGGGUGGGGAUCUAGCCCUUGCAAUGUCAGCAUUCCUUCCUGGGGUCUCCGCAACUGUCUUCAUCAAUGGCUGCAACGCUAACACUGUGUUUCCCCUUCACUGUAAAGGCACAGUGAUCCCUCCUCUCAACAUUGACACAGACAAAAUAAUCUUCAGAAAGGAUGGACUUCUGGAUAUAAGGGAUGCUCUUCUAGAUCCCAUGAUGGAAGAGAACCAGGCCUCUGUGAUUCCCAUUGAGCGUGCAAACUGCCACUUCAUGUUUGUGGCGUCUGAAGACGACAGGAACUGGAACAGUGUUUUAUUCAGCGAACAGGCUGCUCAACGGCUUCGAGAUCAUGGGAAAGAGAACUUUGAGGUGGUGAGAUACCCGAAGGCAGGUCACUUCCUGGAUGUUCCCUACAUGCCCCACUGCCCCAGCAGUUUCCACCCAGCUGUGGGCAGAGUGGUGGUGAUGGGAGGGGAGCCUAAAGCUCACGCUGAGGCCCAGGUUGAUCUGUGGAAGAGGGUCCAGGAGUUUUUCAGGAAGCAUUUAAACAGUGAUCAUUCCAGUUUUAAAGCCAUGCUGUAGUGUGUUUUAGAAUGUGUACAAGUUAGUCUGUCCAUUGGAAGAGGGUCCAGGAGUUUUUCAGGAGGCAUCUAUGGUGAACACACUAAUCAUAAAAUCAUGCAGUGUAUCUGCAGAAUUGUCAUGACUUCGAAAUCAGGGCAGGCUUGUGUGCCAGAGUAGAUUAAUCUGUGCUUGUGUAUCAAAUUCAGAUACAACACCAUAAUAAUCAGGAUUUCCUGUUCUUUUGUCCUGAGGGGUUGAACUGAGUCAUAUUUCACCUUUAACCUAAUCAAACCCUUUAAUCUGAACCUAUUAAUAAAUAAUUGAGUGAUGUGUGCAUUCAAAUCUCUGAUCAGAUUUCUUGUUGCUUUAAAUACAUUUUCGGCUAAAUGUCUGUAAAUAUUUGUGACACUUUCCUUUAGUCCUGCACAAUUAGCGUAACUGCGCAUCACUGAUAGACUUACCUAUUUGCAAACCUAAGAGUAUAAAGGCAGAACUGUGGGUAUACAGAAAUGUAUAUAGACCCGAGAGAGUGAGUAGGUAUCACACCCAUUAAUGUCAAUGGCCAACUUCAGCUACUUCAGUCUUGGACGUAGGAUAUUGACCACCGACAUCUUUAAAACUGUCGUCCCAUGGGCUGCUCACUUCCUGCACCUUGUAUACGAAAAGCCACAUAACAAAUUGGCCACAGGCAUUUAAAUCGAUCUAUGCCUAUUAGGCCGCAAUGUGAACACUGUUUUCGUUUCAACCCGCUCCACAGUCGUGCAUCUACACAAUCUUUAGCUUA